CCUGGACGUUCUGGACGUUUUUACGUCAACGUAACGGAUCUAUGACAAAGCUACCCGUGAGGUAGUGGUCUCCGAAACAUGUCUCUUGUCCCCAGGGCUGACACGGUGAACAUGACCGGGGAUGGGAACCUCCCUGCCGCCUAAACCAGCGAUUUACUUCCCCGCAGCGACUCAACCGGCGCGUUAAAACAGACGGAGGUGACCGGGCUCUUUAUUUAUUCAAGAGAAGAUGGCGGAGUUUUCGCCCGUCCUGCCGAUGCGGGAUGGAGGAGGACGCUUCGGUCAGCCCAUCUUCCCUCGGUCCAGGUCCGGCUCCGAGUCCGAGAGCGAACUGUCCCAGAGCCUGGCCCGGACCAAGAUCCGCUCGUACGGAAGCACAGCCAGCGUCACGGCCUCUCUGGGGGAGAAAUACAUAGAGCAUCGGGUUACUGACAGUGAUACCCUGCAAGGGAUUGCUCUGAAAUACGGUGUUACGAUGGAGCAAAUCAAGAGAGCCAACAAGCUGUUCAGCAACGACUGCAUUUUUCUGAAGAACAGCCUCAACAUCCCCGUGGUGUCGGAGAAGCGCUCCAUAUUUAACGGACUGUCUCUGGAGUCUCCCGAUGGGGACGGCGAAGCAGCGUGCCAGGAGGCAGAUACACCUUGUGUUAUGUUGCAGGAUAUCGAGGGACCCUCGCCACCCCCUUCCCCGCCCCCUGAGGACUCCAAACCCCCCCAGCCAGAGGAGCUGUCAGCCAAAGACUUCUUACACAGACUGGACUUGCAAAUUAAACAAUCAAAGCAGGCGGCACGCAGGCUGAAAGAAGAGGAAGUGAGGAACAAUGAGGAGGACUACACAGCCCCCACAACGUCAUAUCAGGAGAUAUAAAGCGCCAGUCUGUUUACUGCACACACACAUCCGUGCUCACACACUACCACAACGCUGUCGCUUUUAUUUUUUUCUCUUUACCCUUUUGCUUUUACCAAACCCCGUUAAACAAAAGUGUCAUGUUUGCCUUUUAUUUAUUGAUAUGCAAUUACUCCGAUGUAUAUGAUUGUCAUUGUUUGUAGAGUUUGACUUGGAGACUUCACGGCAGGGGGGAGCAUCUGAUGUAAAUAGCAUCCGAGCACACGUGCCCAUCCACUCAUCAUAUGCUUCUGAAGCUGCUGUACAGAACCCACCUGCUGCAUAUGUUCAUAUACACACACACACACACACACACACACACACACACACACACACACACACACACACACACACACACACAUACACAGCGCUCAGCAAUUCCAGAAGGAUUAGCUUGUUAGACUUGCUAACUGCUUCUGAUGUGCUAAAUCCCCUCCUAGAAUAGUAUCAUUGGAGAGUAUAUUCAGGCCUUCCUCAUCAGUGUUUACCCUGAAUGAGCACACCCCACACACACGCGGUGGAUGGACCCAAGCCUUUGAACAUUUGCCUCAUAGAAGCUUUUUUUCUUUGGGAAAAAGAAGGGACUGCUUUAUUUUUGAAGUGUGAAUGCAUUAUUUAUGUGUGUGGAGAACUGUUUGUAACUGCUGUUUAUUGUGCUUUUAAAUUCUGUUGGUUUUAUUUGGGGAGAAUAAAUGUGUAAUUAAGCCAGA